AUGAUGAUGAUACGUCGGCAAAGCAAACCCGCUUUCCGAGUCUCUGGCGAAACCAGUGGCCAUACUUGAAACCCACGGCUGGUGUUCCCAUGGAGUUCCAACCACUUAUAUAGGCCCCCCCUUGCUCCUCCUCUCUUCGCCCACGUCUCACCCGCCUUCGCUUCUUGUAUUGAUAGAGAGGUAGGAUCGACGCCAUGAGGAUGAGCUGCAACGGUUGUCGGGUGCUGCGAAAGGGGUGCAGCGACGACUGCAGCAUCAGGCCCUGCCUGCGGUGGAUCAAGAGCCCCGAGUCCCAGGCCAACGCCACCGUCUUCCUCGCCAAGUUCUACGGCCGCGCCGGCCUCAUGAACCUCAUCAACGCCGGCCCCGACCACCUCCGCCCUGCGAUAUUCCGGUCUCUUCUGUACGAGGCUUGCGGCCGAAUCGUCAAUCCGAUCUACGGCUCCGUGGGCCUGCUGUUGUCGGGAAGUUGGCAGCUCACCCAGGCUGCGGUGGAGGCGGUGCUCAAGGGCGCCCCCAUCGUCCAGAUCCCGUCCGAGACGGCGGCAUCCACCCCGACCCCGCCGCUCAAGGCCUCCGACAUCCGGCACAUCUCCAAGGACCCCGGAGCCGGCGGCUGCGCUCGUGCGGCCGCCGAGCUGCACAAGGUCAACAAGGCUGGCUCCCGGUUCAAGCGCUCCGGCGCCAAGGCCGCCCGUCCGGCCGCCAUCCAUCCUCUGGAAUUCCACGAGUCCACGGGCAGCGACUCGACCGAGCCGGCGGCCGAUGCCGGCGUGGGCGGAGGAGGGGACGAAGAGUGCCAGGUGGAGGAGAGCAUGUCCUCGGCGGACAUCGCGGAGGCGUCGUCCCACGUGAGCCAAGGCGAGCCUGACCGGGCCGAGGCCGAGGAGGACGACGAGGUGGGUCUGGAGCUCACCCUCGGGUCGGGACCGUUCUCCCGGUCGCAUCGAGACGAGGCGCGGCGCGUCCACGACCCGGACGCGUGCACGACCGAUCUCGGCCUGGCGUCGUAGCAUAAACCAAAGCAGGCGGCGACGGUGGAGAAUGAAGAUGACCCUGUUUUAUUUUCAUUUUUAUUCUCUUUUUUGUGUUUCCCUGAGAAGAGAGGAUUAGGGGGCUUUGACAAUUUGCUCCCUUGAUGUAAACUUGAUCUCUGCAUGCACAUAUAUCACAUGAAACAAAUGAAUCACAGGGGAGGGAAGGUGAGGUCAAUGUUC